UAAAUAGUUCCAGAAAUUCUAAUCUUGUAUAUUUUGUUGCUGUUCAAAGGCAUAUCGGUAUCAAAACAAAAGAUUAUAACCACACAAAUUGCUAUCUCUCUCUCGAUUAUAUUUUCCACUGACAAUGAUUUUAAGUCGAAAGUAUGCGGCUAUUCAAUCAUCAUUGUCAUCAUUGUCCGUGCUAAAUCAGAAAGUAAAUUAUUUCACAAAAGUCAGUGCAUUUGGCCACAAAAUAAGAAAAUCACCGAGUCAUUUGUCUUAUUGUCGUAGCUAUUCCACCAUGAAAGAAACAUCGAAGAUUUUGAGUGAGCUCCGUAAUUUGAUGAAAAACCUUCCAAAUGGAAUCGGGACCAUCAGUGCCUAUAUUGUGCCAUCUGAAGACGCUCAUCAGAGUGAAUACAUCUGUGAAGCGGACGAACGUCGAAGCUUCAUUUCCGGCUUUAAUGGAUCGAAAGGAGCAGCCGUUAUUACACAGAGUGAGGCUCUGCUGUGGACGGAUGGACGGUACUACCAACAAGCUCGUUCACAGAUGGACAAUAAUUGGACGUUGAUGAAAGAAGGUCUGGCUGAUACGCCAACAAUCGGAGCAUGGCUGGCGAAAAACUUGAAAAAGGGCGAGCAAAUUGGUUGCGACGGAAACCUAUUAUCGAGUCUUGCUUGGAGUCAAAUGCACGUCGAAGUGCAACGAAACGAAAAUGUAUUGCGUUCAAUCGACGACAAUUUGAUCGAUCGCAUUUGGUUGGACAGACCGAAAAGAACGUCCAAUCCGAUAAUCACUCUAACCACCGAAAUGACUGGUGCGACAAUCAAUGAGAAAAUUGGAAAAAUUCGCGGCGAAAUGACGGAGAAAGGAGCUGAUGUGUUGGUGGUGACUGCGCUGGAUGAAGUCGCUUGGUUGUUGAACAUGCGUGGCAGUGAUAUUGAGUAUAAUCCCGUCUUUUUCGCCUAUGUAAUUGUAACGUUGGACACGAUCUAUCUGUUUUUGGAUCAGGCCAAGCUCCCAUCUAAUGCUACCGAACAUUUCGAGCAAAAUCAAGUCAAAAUUGAACUGUUAAACUAUGACGGUAUCCGAGACAAGCUCACGGCCUUGGCUCAGCCAUCAUCUUCUCGUGUGUGGAUAAGCUCGUCAUCGAGCUACGCAUUGACGGCUCUCAUUCCACUAAAUAAUCUAAUUCAAGAGAUAACUCCGAUAUGUAAAAUGAAAGCAGUCAAAACGACAAUCGAGGCACAAGGAAUGAUCGACUGUCAUAUCCGAGACGGUGUGGCGCUAUGUCAAUACUUUGCAUGGCUGGAAAAUGCACUCGAAUUGGGCGAAUAUGUUGACGAAAUCAGUGGAGCCACGAAAUUGGAAGAAUUUAGAAAGAAACAGGACAAAUUCAUGGGAUUGAGUUUUGCUACAAUCAGUGGUUCCGGUCCGAACGGGUCGAUAAUUCAUUACCAUCCCGAAGAAUCAACGAAGCGACAGAUCACCAAGUCGGAAAUCUAUUUGUGUGAUUCCGGUGCCCAAUAUUUGGAUGGAACAACUGAUGUAACAAGAACGUGGCACUUCGGCACACCAACUGCACACCAGAAGGAAUGUUUCACACGCGUGUUGAAGGGACAGAUAAAUAUGGGAACGGCAGUGUUCCCGAAUAAGAGUAAGGGAAAUACGCUGGACACGUUAGCGCGCAAAUACCUUUGGGACGUUGGUCUGGACUAUGGACAUGGAACAGGCCAUGGUGUUGGUCACUUUUUGAAUGUUCAUGAGGGACCCAUGGCAAUUCAUUACCGCUACUUUGCCGAUGAUCCCGGCCUACAGAAGAAUAUGUUUGUGUCGAAUGAGCCUGGUUAUUACGAAGAUGGUGAGUUCGGUAUUCGCAUUGAAGACAUUGUGCAAAUUGUCGGUGCGGAAACGAAAGGCAAUUUUAAAGGCAUUGGUGCUCUAACAUUCCGUACAAUUACAAUGUGUCCGAUUCAGACAAAAUUGAUUGACAGAGAAUUAAUGACUGCAACUGAGAAAUUACACCUGAACGCAUAUCACAAAACUGUGUACGAUACCCUCGCUCCAUUGAUGUGGAAUGUCGGCGAUACAUUUACCGUGGCCUGGUUAAAGAAGGAAACCGAACCAAUUUAAUUUUUUAUUGAACGGCGAACCGUAAAACAUUUCGUUUCAGAAUAAAAGAAUUUUUUUUGUGGAAA